AUGUCAGAUCGGGAUCGGGAGUCGGCGUGCGAUUCGAGCUCGGGGCUCAUCCGUCGGCUCGAGGCAAUUAGAGGCACGCUCACAGCUCACAGUGGGCACAAUAGCGAUGCAAAUAAUCGCGAUUAUGGCAAGGUUGACGUCGGCCGCAGAGGGUUCGUUCAACUGACCGCGAGCGAUGACACGGCGCCCGCGCAACGUUGCGGCCCCGCCACCACAAGCCAUCAUCUCAUCACAUCAUGA